AUGGAAACAGAGGAUUUACGCAGUCUCCCUGCUUCAAGCACUUUGGGUAGUGGACGUGAGAAUAAUAACAGUCGUGAUUCUGUUGAGCCUGGUGAAGCUGAUUCUCUACCUACUAAUUCUGAAGUUAAAGAUAGAAACCUGAAGGUAGAGAUCCACAGGAACGAUUCCUUCAGCUCUGCUGUGCAUGCUGAGAAUGGUUGCACGAUUGUUCAAGGUGAAAGCCGUCUCAGCAAUCAUAAGAGAGAUGGCAGUCCUAUCAGCCGUCAUGCAGUAGAUGAAAGUCCUAUAUCUGGUGUUAAGAGGUCUCGAAUAACUGUUGUUGAGCAGCAACCUUCAGUGCAUAUUAUGUAUAACUCUCUGCCAAGGGACAGUAAACAGAAGCUUGAGGAGCUGUUACGGCAGUGGUCAGAAUGGCAUGCUCAACAUUGUUCUUCAUGCCAAGAUUCAAAUGAAAUGUUAGAAUCAGGUGAGGAGACAUAUUUCCCAGCACUUUGUGUGGGCCUUGACAAGCCCUCUGCGGUGACGAUAAGGGAAGAUGUGAAUCUGAAGCAGCUUGCGGGAGGAGGAUCUUUGUGUGUGACAUCUGUUUGUGAGGGAGGAGGAUCGUUGACCCUCUCGAAUUUCGUUGGCCAUGGCGCCGUCUGUGGGCCAUCAUCAUUGGCGACCAUGGAAAAAGAUAUCAAGAGAGAAUAG